CGCGUUUCGGCGACGGGACAGCGUCGAGAAAGUCUAGGAAGCGCCGUCGGUGGGACGUUCUAGGAAACCUGCCUCUACGGCCUUCUGUGUUUGGGUGCGAGAGAGAGAGAGCGCGCGCGCUCUGUAGCGGGAGAGGAGGGCGGGGCCGCAACCGCAAACUCCUCCCCUCCCCUCCUGCACAUGCGCGGUCGAGGGCCAGCCCCGUCGCAGCGUCAGGCGAGCGCCGCCAUUUUGAAGUAAACAAGCGGCGGGCGGGCGGGCAACGGUUGGCUGUUGUCCCUCAGCUGCCGACCAGAGCGGGGCGGGCCUGGUGGCUUCUUGGCGAGGCCCCCCGCUUGUGCCGGGCGGGGCCGCUGAUGAGGAGGCGGCGGAGGAGGCGGCGGCGGCAGGAAGGACUGAGAGGCCCCGGAUAAGCGACGCGGAGGACGGGAGCUGCCUCCGACAGGUGACCCCGGCGGGCCGGGUGGAAUGGGGGGCCGGGCCGGGUGGGGGUUUCUGGGCGCCCCCGGUAGCGGCGCUGCCGUGAAGGGAGAGAAACGCCCCCUUCGCCCCCCCAGCUCCACGCAUGCGUGGCCGCCACUUGCUGGGUUUUAUGUUAUUUAUUGCAUUUAUUUAUUCCGUUUAAGGUGACGAUGAUGAGGAUAAUGAUGAUAGUAAUAAUGAUCAUCAUCAUCAUAAUUUAUUUGCACCCCGCCCAGCUAACUGGGUUGCCCCAGCUACUCCGGGCAGCUUCCAAUAUAAAAAACAUAAGAAAAUAUGAAGCAUUGAAAAGUUUCCCUAUACAGGGGCUGCCUUCAGGUGUCUUCUAAAAGUGACAUCGGAUGGGAGGGAGUUAUACGCCGAUUGAUUUAAAAAAAAAAAAUCCCCAGCAAACAAGCCACAAGACAAAACCGUAAAAUAUUUAUUAUUAUUAUUAUUAUUAUUAUUAAACAAUUUACUAGUUGCUUUUCACCCAAAGGUUAGCCCAGCGACUUUCAGCAAAGAGUUUUUUUGCAAUACAUAAUAUCAUAGGGGAAAGGGAGGGGGGAAUCAUAUAACACAUUAAUAUUAACUACAACAUAUCAUUUGUGGAGGGGGGGAGGGGAGUAUCAAUAGUAGCAAGCAGCCUUAACAAUUCUCAAAUAAUGAACAAAGGGGUACUCUGACCCACUAAUCAGCAAAUAAGCAAAACCUUAACCCUGCUCCCAGUCUAAAAAUCAUUUGCAUCAAACCAAUUUUUCCCGCCCCAAGGGGGUUUGCUCGCGUCUCCAGCUCCUGCUGUCAUUCAUAGAAUCAGUUAGAAAUCAAGCCCAAUGCCCUGUAAUGUAGGAAUCUUCUUGCCCAAUUUGGGGCUCGAACCCACAACCCUGAGAUUAAGGAUCUCAUGCUCUACCGAUUUAGCUAUCCCAAUUGUUUGUCUGUUUCACCCCCCCAUCUUUCCUUUCAACUAAGACCCAGUAGCUGCACCCGUAAGUUGUGGAUUAAAUAUAUCCAGAUGUAAAAGCAAACAAACAAAAACCACAUUGCCCUGCAGUGACAUAAAAAUUAGGCCGGUUUUCAGAGGGAAAGUUGUUCUGUAAACAAAGUACAGUGGUACCUCGGGCUUCAAACGCUUUGGGUUACAAACACUUUGGGUUACAAACUCCGCUAACCCGGAAGUAGUACCUCAGGUUGAGAACUUUGCCCCAGGAUGGGAACGGAAAUUGCGCAGCGGUGGGAGGCCCCAUUAGUGAAAGCGUGCCUCAGGUUAAGAAUGGUUUCGGGUUAAGAAUGGACCUUCGGAAUGAAUUAAGUUCGUAACCCAAGGUGCCACUGUAUUCUUUUUUAAAAAACAAACCUUUAAACAGCUCUUCACAGAGAUGCGUUUUACUGCAUUUUGCUGCCCACAUUGCCUAACGAAUAUGCUGUGCCUCAUUGAAGCGUGUUGUAAGGCCUUAAAGACACUUCUGCCAAACCUUUCUCUCCCCCUCCCCCCACCAGCACAACACAUACUUUGCUAUACCUAUCAUACAUACCUACUCUGCCAGCUGCACAGCUAAGACUCAGCGUCAUAUUUGUAAAUGUACUUAUGGUGCAAAUUAUCCAUUACAAAAUUUUUAAAGGAAAUGAAGAGUGACCAGAAGAAAGUUGAAGCACCCAAAUGCCAUUGCACAGUGUCAGUAAAGUUACGAUAGAUAUAAAAAACACUUCAAAGUCUCAGAGUGGUAACUGCUGUAGUUUUAGAAAUAUUUGUAUAUAGGUAGUAAUCCUUGGGAUCUCUUUUAGAAAUAUUUGUAUACAAGUAGUAAUCCUUGGAGUCUGCACCCUGUGGAGUUUCUCUUCCUUUUUCUUGACAGUAGUUCUCUGCACUGCCUUGAAUUAUUUAUUUGUAGAUGCCCAAGACAGUUUGUUGGGUAGAAUAAUAAGUACAACACAGCAAACUCAAUAAAAAUCAUCUAGUUCUUAAAGGUUGUUAGUGUCAAAGGUGAUUAACAACCUCAAAAUUCUAGUGAUGUUUUCCUUCCUCUGUUUGCAAACAGUACACCUAGAGGUAAUGAAAAGGAUCUAAACAGCAAUGGGUUGGCUCCUUUCUGUGUAACUGAGUCUGCACACUGUAAACAACAUGUUGACAGAACUGAGAGAGGUGUAUUCAAAGCACACUAAAGCCUAGUCCUCACUCCACCCUUUUUAAAAGUGUUGAUUGAAUAGUGUCAUUGUCAGUACAAUUGUAUUGUAACUAGUUAUUUAGACUGCACCCAAAUUAAUUUUCAUUUGAUAUUCUUGUAGUCUGAUCUUAAGACUUUUGGUGCCAUCAAAUAACUGCUUAGGGUGAGGGCAUAUACUGGUGUUGCCAUAAACAAAUAUUGUAUGAAUUACUGCUUUAUACAUAGUUCAGCCAGCUUAAUUAGACAAUGAUUUUUCGAAAUAGCACAAUAAUGGUAAACUGAAAAAUGUUCUAUUGCUAUGCUAAGAAUAGUAAAACCUCUUCCUGCUACGUCAGGUAGCUGCAACAAUGGUGUAAUGGCCUGAGUAUGAAAAUAUUCUGUUCAUUUCACCUCACCUUCCACUGUUUGAUAUGUAACCUGGAUAGUCAGUCCCAUAUUUGUUCUGAAAUCCCAGAUCUGAAGCCUGCAACAGAAAAGUGCCUUCGUAGCUGAUCCUAUGCCUUUUACUGAUUUUAUAGAAGCUUCAAGAGCAACAUAAAGUAAGAAUAAAUGAUAUGAUUCACACAUCACGUCAAACUAUAGUUAAGAUAAACUAUUGUUUAAAUGUGAACAUACUGUGACACUGCACACUGCCAAAAUUGCAGAUGCUUCACUCUUCUCCGACUCCUUCUGGGAAUCAAGCCGUUGCUGGCUUAGCAUUACAUCUGAACCCAGGCUUAUGAUUUAUUUCACCCAAAACGAUUCUUGAGCAGUAACCGAGACAAGGAGGAGGAGGAGGUUAAAUCAGCCAUGGUCAAAUGGGCCCAAGACUUUGGUCACAAUAUAGAGAUGUCUCAAUGGGAAAACCUUUGGAAAGUCAACUGGAGAUUCACAGCAUGCUACAUUUUAAGGAAGAAUUUCCAAAAUAUGUUAUAUUGCUGGUAUCUCGACUCCUUGCAGACUUGCUAAAAUGUUUUAAAAUGUCCCAAAUACAUGCUGGAGAUGUGGAGAACAGGGUGCCACUAUGUUCCAUAUAUGGUGGGUAUAUAAAAAGAUAAAACCCUAUUGGAAUGACUUUUACUUUGAACUUUAAAAAAUGUUAAAUAUAAACCUUUUUUAAAAACCCAGUGUCAUUCCUACUCGGUAUAACAGGCUUAGAUAGCCCCAGAAAUGCAUGGGAAAAUUUUUUAUACGCUACUGUCGUGGCGAGAAUACUUACAGCAAAACAUUGGAAGAGUGACAUAAUUCCUACUAGAACCAAAUGGAUAUUGAAGUUAGUAGAAUACGCUGAGCUAGGUAAUCUUUCUGAAAAGAUCAAAGAUAAGUCUAAACAAGAGUUUAUUUCAAGCUGGGAACCUUUUAAGAAACAUUUGAAAAACAGUUGCCAUGACCUGAACACGGUUGUCGCCUUUGAGUAGCCUCUGUAAAUAAUUAUGUUAAAGGAAAAUGUACACAAGCUUUAAUACUUUUUCAGUAAUUAAGUAGUUAAGUUUAUGCAACAAGUUUAUUAAAAUGGAAGAAGUAUGGAAAGGACGGGAAGUCACAGGUUGAUGAUGUUUGACAAUUUUGAUUUAUGGAUAAUAAUGAAUGAAUGUUUAUGUUGUACAGAUGUGAUGAUGAACAAUAAAGCGGGGAAAAAACAAAAACUUCUUGGGUACCACUCAUGGUUUGUUUUUGGAAAACAAUCCACAUGCUCAGAUUCAGACGUAAUGCUCAGCCAGACCACGACUUGUUUCCCAGCAGUGCAGCAGAAGCUCCCAUUAUUUCAGCAGCGUGCACUAACAUACUGCACGUUCACAUUUAAACGUUUUAUUUUAAGUAUGUUUUAAAGUGAUACACAAAAAGACCAGUACUGUGUAUAUAAUGUCUGUCAUAGUAUCUUUCAAAAGCUGUAGUGCCAUUGUGAGAGUCUCAUUUGAGAAGAUGGCAUUAUAAAAAUCUAUUCCAGAUCAAUGUUCCUAACAUGGAAAAAAAGAAAUUAUUCCACACCUCUGGAUGUUUUGCUUUCAGAUCUUAGUUAAUUUUGGAGGCUUUAUAGUAAGAGAGAACUGUUUAUCUUUUGGAAAUGCUCUUUUAACUUGUAGAGCUAAUAUAUUCUGAAAUGUGUUUCUCUUGAUAGAAUGAAACGAGGCAGAAAAAACAGCAAGACCAGCAAUCAUUUAUCAGAUGAGAAUAUAGCAGAUGGCAAAAAAGUGAAAAUUACAGAUGAAGAAUCUGCUGGAGUAUUUCAGGGCCCUGACUGGGGGAGCCUCAUUCCAGAUAUUCUGCUGCAGGUGUUCCAGUAUUUGCCUCUUCUCGAUCGUGCUCAUGCAUCCCAAGUCUGCCGUGUGUGGAACAAAGUGUUCCACAUGCCUGAAUUAUGGAGGUGCUUUGAAUUUGAACUGAAUCAGCCAGCCACAUCUUACUUAAAGGCUACCCAUCCAGAACUCAUCAAGCAAAUUAUUAAAAGACAUUCCAAUCAUCUACAAUAUGUCAGCUUCAAGGUAACAGUUUUAUAACUUUUUUAAAAAGACAGUUGAAUACUUCAUAAAUUGCUGGCUUUUCCGCAACUGCACAUAUUUGCAACAUUUCCAGCCUGCUCCCUGUCUGGCCAGUUACCGUAUUUUUCGCCCCAUAAGACGCACUUUUUCCCCUCCAAAAAUGAAGGGGAAAUGUGUGUGCGUCCUAUGGGGCGAAUGCAGGCUUUCGCUGAAGCCUGGAGAGCGAGAGGCAUCGGUGCGCACCGACCCCUCUCGCUCUCCAGGCUUCAGGAAGCUAUCCGCAAGCCUUGCAAGCCCGGCGGGAGUUCCUGCGGGCUCACAAGGCUUGCGGGCAGCAGCCUGCAGCCCCGGCGAGUGUCCGCAAGCCUUGCGCGCCUGGCAGGAGGUCCUGCCGAGCGCGCGAGGCUUGGGGCGGCAGCCUGUCGCACGAAGCACGGGGAGCCCUCCGGAGGGCUCCCCGUGCUUCGGGCGAGUGUCUGCAAGGCUUGGGGCGGCGGCCGUGGCGGGGGGGGGGAAUAAUUUUUUUUAUUCAUUCCCCCCCCCCAAAAAAAACCGAGGUGCGUCCUAUGGGCCGGUGCGCCCUAUAGGACGAAAAAUACGGUAAUUGGCAUUAGGAAAAUAGGAGAAAACAAAUCAUUACUAUAACAAUGAAAAUCUUUGAAGCAUGUUUUGUAAGUAGCAAUAUUUCCUGCAGUGAUAGGGUCUAAAAUGAACCUCAUUCCGAACCUGCAUGUUGGUCGUUUAAUACCUAAAAUAGAAACUGAGAAUGAAUUUUAGAGCUUAUCUUUGUUGCAAACUAAGAGAACACAGAAGAGCGAUUUCUAGCUUUACAUCUGCAUUUAUGUUAUUGUUUGAAUCAAAUAAGCGAACAGUAUCCAGUUAACUUGGUAUAUAGCUCUACAGUGAGUUAUGAAGUGUCUACCUGAAAAUGCUAAUUUCAAGCAUGGUGAAAACUAAUCCUGAUGUAUGCUGUGCCAACGUUUAACAAGAAAAACUUUGUGUUAUAACUGAUACUUCACCAGCAGGGUUCCACUGGCGCAGUAGGACUUAAAUUUUCUCUAUUCAACUUCCCUCAACACCUGCUUCAGAGUCUCCAAAGAGAGAUUUCAUGUUGCAGGGACUUUAAAUUAAUGUUGCUGUUUCAGCACAGAGAUAGUUGUUCCUUCUAUCUUUCUGGCGCUAGUCCCAGUGCACUGCUGCUCAUCACAACAGAAAUGUCCUACGGUCUCCCCUCAAACAAUAGAUUGUAGAUGGUUCUGGUUCACCUGGCAUUGUCUCGACCCCCAGCUUGCUUUACUCCAGCUCCCUUAGCAGGGAAAGAGGGCAGUUCUACUGAGGAAAAGCACUAAUGCAGUUGCCAUUGUAAAAUGAAGAACAUGGGUUUGGUUUAAAAGGUACAGUUCCACAAGGGCUGCAAUUUUUACUUCUGUGCUGCUCUGUUCUGAAUAUGUUUCUUAGUUCUUAGUGGCAGAUUUUUAGGGAUCUGCAAAGGAGAAGCUAAAACAAGAAAGCCCCAUUGUGGUCAAAGAGUGAAGGGUAGGUUCCAAGUUAAGGAUUAGAAAUGCAAGACACUCCUUUUAAUUCAUGCAAAUUAGACUGAAAAACCCAUGAAUGUCAGGAAACUGUAAGAGAUAAUUACGAGUUUUUAUGUGUGUGAAUUGAUUAAUAUUUGUUUAUUUAUUUAUUCCAUUUAUAUCCUGUGCUUCCUCCUGAGUGAGCCCAGGGCAUACUCACAGGUCACAACUAAAAUCUCCUGAGAAUAAUUUGUCCAUGACUAACUUCCCUUCAUGCUGUCCAUGUUGCUAGACUCGUAUUACAAGUUUGCUUUCAAAAUGACUGCAGUCUGUUAAUUCUCUCACUAUUUAUAACAUCUUCUUAAAUUUAAGUUAAACUGACAGGAGAUUCCCCCCCUAAAAUAUCACUGUGUUCAUUAUUGGGAAUGCAACCUGUUAUAAUAAUGUUUGUCUUCCUUGUUUUGCUUUCCUUAAGAAUGAUAUGGUAUCCUGAGAGUUUUUUUAAAGAGAUCUAGUCAGAUUCAGAAAGAUGCAGUUGUAUGUGAGAUGGGGUUAUAUGAGCCCAUAUAUUUAGUAUUCUUCAUCAGGGUAUUUGAAUAAGGAUGGGAUUGAGAUGGUUGUGCAUCACUGUGACACCAGGCAAGAGUUCAGAUUCUUUUCUAUGGGUGGUUUAAUCAAGCCAGCUUCAGUAACUGUAGCUGCAUUUAAUGUUAACCACCUUUUUGUCAGUUCAAACAGCACAACAAACUGCAAUUAAACAAAAGCUUCUGAACUUCUCCCAUCUACAUGGGUGGAGAGGAGAGGAGGAGCAUGUGUGAACCUGAGGCUCACAGAAAAUCAAUCCUGGUUGUUCAUGUCACACUAAAGGUUGAAUGUUUUGUUGAACAGUUUUUCAGUAACACAAAAUUCAUAUUCUGUAAAACAGAUAAUUAUUGACUGUCUGUAAGGGUGUUAAGAAAACUGCAUUACAAAGCAUAUUCAGACCUUUUUUUUAGUGUUUCUGUUUCUCUGUUCAACUUCAGGUAGCCACUGACAUUUCGAGGGAGAUUUCUCAUGAGUUCUGGGAGAAAUGUGUUAUAAUUAGGCAGCAAAUUAAUCAUUUUAAUUAAUAAAGAAGAAUUAACUAAUUAACUAAAGAAGUAGUUUUGUCUAUGAAUUAAGGGCACACUUAUUUUUGGAAGCUACUUUGGUUUGGGUACAAUACGGUAAGGGGGAAUGAAAAAAGUUUUAAGGUGGCUAUUCUUUCUAAUGAUGAGCCAAAGCUUUCAUUUGUAAUUUUAUAGUUAAACAAAUUAUGAUAAAAUUAACUAUUGGCAUUUUGUUGUUGUGAAAAAUGUUAAAUGAUUAGUCCACCUGUUUGAAGCUAGAUGAUUUCUCAACUAAGAAUAAUUCAAGAGGUUUACAAUCUUAAUCAUAGUGCUGCGAAGCAUGCCUGAGCAUGACUGCAAACGAUCAACUGAUAAUGAGUAGGUUGAAAGAACAGCUAGGCAGAUGGGGAAUGAUUCUACAGUUACCUUGAAACCAUGGUUUGGCAUUGCAUGGGUGAGCCAUGGGUUUUUUCCCCAUUCCUUUUUCCCUGCACUUAGAUAUCUCCUGGCUAACAUAGUUUUUCAUUAUACUUAACACUGGCAAAUUAAGAAGGUUUCAGUUUGCCCUCCAAGCCAUAAAAACAAACACUGAUCAAACCAUUUUUGCCAUUUUGACUUGGACAGCAAGCACAAGUCUAUCUUGCCAUUUGGAUUGCACAAUGAGAGGAAAGAGAGAAGAAAUUGCAAUGUAUGAGCCUAAUGCCAAACUAUGGUUUGGUGCUACAUAUGAACCAUACUACUGUGAUGGUUCACACAGUGUUAGUUUCAUGGUACCUCCAUAUAUACGUCCCUCCUCUGAAAAAUGCCAAAUAUGUAAAAUAAUUAUUAUUCCUGAAAAUAUUCAUCUCGGCAAGUCUCCGGUGUAGUUCUUAGGCGCUGUGAAUAAAGAUUAUGUCAUAAAUCCAUGAUGGAUUAUCUAGGAGAAUUUUUGUUUUUUGUUGGCUAGUUGCUGUUUAUUCCUCCCAAGAGAAAACUUCCAAGUAGCAAGUGCUGCCGGGAUUGUAGCAAAAACAGAUACUGAGAAACCAAGAAGGAAAUACCAGCAUGUUUGGGAGAACUCUUAAUGUUUGUAGAAGUAUUUUUAAAAACCUAAGGGGAAGUUAUUGCUUCCCCACAAAAAUAGAAUGCCAAAGAGGAGUGAACAUGCUCACUAUUCAAUACGAUGUAAUGUUUUAUUGGAAACAGUUUGAAAAGAAGAAUGGAAGACAGGUGGAGUGCCCUUCUUGUGGAGAACGACUGAGUUGGAAAUGUAGAACACGAGCAUACUUCUUGCAUGUCUCAUUUGUACCUUCUUAAGAAUGACAGCUAAUUAAUAAUGAGUAACUAUUUGUAUCUAUAACUGAUAAAUUUUUAGAGACAACUAAUAGCUAGAAUACUUUACCUAACAGUUAACAUAUGUGUGCCCUAAAAUGGAGUUACUUUUCUUGUCUGAUCUUUUGUAGCAGCAGCAAAGUUAAUAAUAGCAAAAGUGUGUAAGUCCAUGAAGAGGUAGAGUAUGAAGGUUUUAAAUAAAACAGCUUAGAGAGUUUUUCAGUGUUUGGAGUGGUAUUUGCAUCCAUUGUGUGUUUGUUUCCUUUUUAAGGUGGACAGCAGCAAGGAAUCGGCUGAAGCAGCUUGUGACAUCUUAUCACAGCUUGUGAACUGUUCUUUAAAAACACUAGGACUAAUUUCCACUGCUCGACCAAGCUUCAUGGAUUUGCCAAAGGUAUUGAUCCUACUGAAAAAAUAGGUUGUUAGAAGGGAAGCUGAUCAACCAACAAAUUAUGAAUUUGUCAGUUCCUUGUGUGUGCUGUGAAAAGCUUUUUGCCUUCGUGAUGAUCCUAUUUCAGACCUUUUCAAACCAUGCAGCGUGCUCCAUCGGUCCACACCCUGUUUCUUUCUGUCACUGUGUUGGUUGUUGCAGCAGUGAUGAAAGUGAGCAUUGCAAGCUUUGUUCUGUGUUAGAGGCUGCCAGGAACGACCUUGCUGCACCCUGUGUUUCCUGCUUAAGAGAUCCAGGGCCCCAGUUGACAGGACUUGGACUCAUCAGUAGGAACUUGAGAAGGUGCUGGCAGGGAAUGGAGCUUUCAGGCAGGGAAGUCCUGCAGCUUCCCCUCUGCAUCUAACAGUUAGGUAGGAAAUGCCUGAAACCAGACAUUGCUGCAGGCACUGCUACUUGACAAGGCCUCAAAUCCUCCUGGAGGAAGGUAGGCUGAGGGAGAGGAAAGCUACAGGCUGGAGGUCCAUCCCAGCAAAAGGGGAACAAGGAGGUGAACUCCUGGAAGGAGCAUGAAUGUCUGGCUGUUGCCAGGGUGAGGCAAGAAUCUGCUGGCCAUGGUGAACAGAUCUGGGAAGCCGUCUUUUAGAGAGGCUGAUGAAGGAACCAGGGUUCCCAGUGAGCAGAAGAUAACCAUUUUGAGUCUUUGGAGAGGGUAAACCCAGACAGAGAAGUAGAUCUCACACAAUGAAAACCGCUACCUCGCACCCCCAAUUUUGCUUACCACUCCAUGGGUUGAAGGGGAGGCAAAUGGAGACCACCUGGGCCAACUGACCCACAGGGCUGAGAGGCACCUCUGCUCAGUUCAGUUUCUCUGCCAUUCAGCAGAGCCAUCAGACGCUAAUUUGGCUGUUUCCCCAACUGCACUGAUUGGAGUUUGCUGGCACAAGUGGAGUUGGAUGCGUUAAAUUUUUGGCAGAACUCUGUACUUACUGAGGUAAAGCCUGUCUAUUAUUUGCAGUAGGCGAAAGAAAGGCAGCUCAGUGUAAAUCUGGGACAUCCAGUCUUGGCUUUCUUCCAAGCCACAAGCUUCGCUUAUUGUUAAAAUGUGCCUUUUUGGUGCUUGCUGGGGGCAAUCUUAGCUUGUUCCAGAUGAGUGGCAAACUGUGAACUUGUGAUAAAUAUUCAUAAACUGAGUUAGCCUAUAUCUAUGUACUGUUUUAGGAGCAGCUGAAAAAUAGGUUGGUUGCUCAACAUUUUGAGUCAUUGUCCAGAUUUUCUUUGUGGGUGAAAUACAUUUUCUAUUGUGGGUAUAAAGUUUCCUUUUUGAUUUCUCUAUUUUUUUCCUCCUUUCUACAGUCACACUUUAUUUCUGCACUGACUGUGGUGUUUGUAAACUCCAAAUCGCUUUCUUCACUUAAGAUAGAUGAUACACCAGUAGAUGAUCCAUCUCUUAAGGUCCUAGUAGCUAACAACAGUGAUACCCUGAAACUGUUGAAGAUGAGCAGUUGUCCUCAUGUUUCUCCAGCAGGUGAGCUUACUCUUAGAAUAUCUCAGUGUAAUUAUCUUAAAUUAGUUUUUUACUGUCCAAUCUAUGUCAGAAUUAUUAUCACUUAUUUUUCCUUAGCACAUUCAGUUAUAUCAUAAUUGUUUGACUACAUAUAGUAUAACCUAUGGAAAUACUUGUUUGCAUUUUAAUUUUUUUGUUUAUUUUGGUAGGGUUAAGCUGCCUUAACUGAAUCUUAAACUGUUUUGGUGUUCAUUGGUUUGCAGCAGAAGCUUAUGUAACCAGUGCCAAUACUGCUGUCCUAUUGAAGAAGUAAAAUGACCAUUCUGGCUUUCGUGUUGCUUCAAUUCAGACAUGCGUCUCUAAGGCUAGAUAUGAAUGAGCCUUGUGCCUGUAUGUUCACACUACUCUAUUCCUCUUCCAUUUUCAGUGUAUUGCUGUUCAACAGUUUCUGGGUUAAUAAUAGAUUCCUAGUAUAUUCUAAGUGUCAAACUACGGUUUGCAGGGUCAGAACAAACUAGGAUCUUACAGCAUUUUCAACAUGUGAUUUAUGAUCCCAGUUUAUUCUGAUUGUGUUUUCCAUAGUUUCUCACUUGGGUGUAUUGGGAGACUAUGAUUAGUUCAGGAAGUUCUGAAUUGUGGCCCUCUGAGAAGCACGUAAGGAUAGGGUGGUGUGACAUAAUAGAUGCUGGUUAAUUGCCCUGGCAGUGUUGGAUUGUACCAGAGGAAUGGGGAUACUUGGCUCAUGUAUAAUUUGGCUUAAUAAACUGCAUGUAUAGACUUGACUACUGUGUGUUAGGAGUCAGUUGUCCAAAUCAAUUACAGCUGUUUCAAAAAUCUGUAUUUGCAUGUCACGCUGAGUCAUAGUAUGAAUGUUGCGAACAGCCCUGUGAUCUUCAGAUGAAGGGCGGUAUACUACUACUACUACUACUGAUGAUGAUGAUGAGACAUUUUGGAAGUGAAUUCACAUUCUAACAUUUUCUUUUCUUCUCAAGGUAUCCUCUGUGUGGCUGAUCAGUGUCAUGGUUUACGUGAGCUGGCAUUGAACUACCACCUGCUAAGCGAUGAGCUCCUCCUUGCUUUGUCUUCUGAAAAACACGUCAGAUUGGAACACUUGCGCAUUGAUGUAGUCAGUGAAAACCCUGGACAGACGCACUUCCACACAAUUGAAAAGAGCAGUUGGGAUGCUUUCAUCAAACAUUCUCCCAAAGUGAACUUAGUCAUGUAUUUUUUCUUAUACGAAGAAGAGUUUGAUCUGUUCUUCCGAUACGAAAUACCAGUCACUCACCUUUAUUUUGGGAGAUCAGUAAGCAAAGAAGUGCUUGGCCGGGUUGGGAUGACGUGCCCUCGCUUGGUUGAACUGGUGGUGUGUGCCAAUGGAUUACGGCCACUGGAUGAAGAGUUGAUUUGCAUUGCAGAGCGCUGUAAGAAUCUCUCAGCGAUUGGCCUUGGGGAGUGCGAAGUCUCCUGCAGUGCCUUUGUGGAGUUUGUUAAGAUGUGUGGUGGCCGCCUGUCUCAGUUGUCUAUAAUGGAGGAAGUCUUGAUUCCUGACCAGAAGUAUAGCUUGGAGCAGAUUCAUUGGGAAGUGUCAAAACAUCUUGGUAGAGUUUGGUUUCCAGACAUGAUGCCCACCUGGUAGUCUCUGACGAAGGCACCUUACCUUUUGAGCCUACCAUGUUGCAGCUUAAUAACAUAAGCUAAUUUGUAGUUUGUAAUAUGUUGUAGAAAACUCACGUGCUACUUAAUGUUGGUUUCUAAAAUGAACAUUUAAAAGGGGAGACUGAGGGUGUUCUGACACACUUGCCCAUAAAAAAACUUUUUAGUUUUCUUUCCCCCUCUUGAGACAGGGUCUACCUAAAUGUAUGUAGAAACUGAAAAUAGUGAACUGAUGUUCAGAUGCUGUAGCUCAGACUUUACUCUGAUAAAUGUCAGUAUUUAAACUAACUUUAGGAACUGCAAUUGACCUUACAGACGGAAGUACAAUUUGUAAAGGGUGGAAGGUCGCUUUUCUUGUAGACUCUUGGAGUUACUAACGCUACCUGGGGCAUGUUAUACUCAGCUAUUUAUCCUAUGGAAUUGCAGAUUACAUACAACAGAAUGUAAGGUACGACAUGUGAAGACAGAGCAAUACAGCCUACAUAGUUGAAUUGUAUAUAGAAAAUGCUUAUUAAAUCACUUUAGAAAAUAUUUUUGUGUGUAAAAAUUACUAGUAAUGAGUUUUUCAAAAGCUUAUUUGUUGCACUUUUGAAGACCUAAAUUUGACGUUUAUAGGGUGUUAAAAUCUGUGCAUAAACCUGUUUUAAGGUAUUAUUAAAGCUCAGGAAGAUGAAGUAUUAUAGGAGGAGUAUGCUGUAUAUUGAUUAUGGCUCAAGAUUGGUCCCCCGCCCCCCGUCUAACUGUUCUACAGCAUUGACUUUUAGGAAUUACGCUGUUUGUAUUUCCUCAAUAAUAAACAAAGCCAAAUGUUUGUACAAAAUAGUUAAAUGGAAUAAAUGGUUUUUAGUGUAAAGAAGAAAGUAAUUAUUGCCUGGACUCCACUGCUACCAGAAAGACAUGGGGCAAGUAAGGUGUGGGUGGUUGCUGCCAUUCUGCCUGAACAACAGCUACAUUUUCCUAGCUAAUGGUGCAAAAGAGAUCAGUUACUGAUCAAGAGAAGCACAAGCACUUGAGCAGUUUUAUUUUCCUUCCAUAGCAGCCACCUCUCACACCUAAAGGAUGACUUUUCAGAUGGUUCAGAUGAUUUUGAGGGUGGUGUUGUUAGAAGGGAAAAGUCGCCUUGCGUGUGCCGAAAACCACUCAUGUCUAAGAAGAGCUAUAAAACUUUCUAUCAGUCAGGAUCAAAAGAACUGAUCAACUUAAUCCAGUGGUCUUUAAACUAGUCCCACAAAUGGCAGUUCCCCUCGCCCAUUGCUA